AUAUUCACAGUGUACAUAGGUAGAGAUAACCUCGUUCUACUCCGUGUACAUUGCUCCGAUACCUUCAGUAUGCACCGCCUGCUCGCUUUCUGUGUCUGCGUUACACUCUCCAGUUUCACCGUUGAAGUGACAGGUGUGUGUCCAAAUGGAUGGACCAAAUAUGACAAUUCCUGUUACUCGUUAUUUACCAACAAACAUUCAUGGCAAUAUGCAAAGGCGUUUUGCAUCGAGUUCGGUUCUCAGCUCGCAACACUCAACACAAAGACCAACAAUGACAACGCCAAGGAAUUUCUCAACUACCUAAGACUGAACGAAAGUGUUUGGAUUGGGGCCAACGACUUACACAAAGAAGGUGCAUGGGUCUGGGACAGCGAUCAGAAAGCAGUUACCUUCAAAGAUUGGGCACCAACAGAGCCAAACCAAACAUCUGAUCACGAGCAAGAUUGUGUACUCAUGUAUUCUUAUCAUGGAUUCCAAUGGGCAGAUUCCGGUUGUGCAGUCAAGCACAAUUACCUUUGUGAAAAACAGUCAGUUCCACAGUAAAGUCAUUACAUACGGAACGCAGGACCUGAACGUAUUGAAAGGAAAUAUUUGCCACCCUUGAUAGAUGUAUUUACGUUAAAAGAAUAAAUUAGAUUGAGUUUUCAA